AUGGCGCUGCUCACCCACCUGCUGGCAUGCGUCUUCGGGACGGGCUCCUGGGCAGCCCUCAAUGGCCUGUGGGUGGAGCUGCCCCUGCUGGUGACCGAGCUGCCUGAGCAGUGGUACCUGCCCUCCUACAUCACCAUCAUCAUCCAGCUGGCCAACGUGGGGCCGCUGCUGGUCACCCUGCUGCACAGGUUCAAGCCCGGCCUGCUGAGCGAAGUGGCCGUCAUCUAUGGCGUGGUGGCCGUGGGAGCCCUGGCCUGCCUGCUCUUGGCCUUCCUUUGGGGUUUUACCUCCCCUGUCGCCGGGGAGCCCCACAGCACGGCCUUCUUCGGCCUCGCCUUCUGCCUGGCGCUGGUGGACUGCACCUCCUCAGUCACCUUCCUGCCCUUCAUGGCGCGGCUGCAGCCCCGCUACGUCACCACCUUCUUCAUGGGAGAAGGGCUCAGCGGGUUCCUCCCAGCCCUCGUUGCCCUGGCCCAGGGCGCCGGCAUCGCCAGGUGCGUCAAUGUCACCCGGGUCGCCAACAUAACCGCGGGCAACAACACCACCGAGGGCAGCCAGUUCCAAAUGGAGACCCAGUAUCUCCCAGCCAACUUCUCCACCCUGGUCUUCUUCCUCCUCCUGGCCGCCAUGAUGGUCGCCUGCCUGGUAGCCUUCUUCUUCCUCACCAGGCUGCCCAAGGCGUGGGAGCUGUCGAGACAAAACUUGUGUCCUAGCACCAUCACUCUCCACUCACUUCAGGAAAUCCCUGGGAAUGGGCCCAGGCUAUCUAGGGGAGGAGACUCCCCAAGGAGAGGAAAGCCAGCGAGCUCUGACAAGGGAUCCCAUCAUACAGACCCAGAGGUUACCUACUCUCUGGCCAAGUUUGCCUUCAUCUACCUCCUUGUUGCCUGGGUGAACUCCCUAACCAACGGGAUCCUGCCAUCCGUGCAAGCCUAUUCCUGCUUGCCCUAUGGCAACAUGGCCUACCACCUGUCUGCCACCCUGAGCUCCAUGGCUAACCCGCUCGCCUGCACCAUCGCCAUGUUUCUGCCCAGCAGGUCUCUGGCCCUGCUGGGGGCGCUCUCCGUGGCCGGGACAGGAUUUGGGGCCUAUAACAUGGCUAUGGCUGUCAUGAGCCCGUGCCCCGUCCUGCAGCACUCGGCUUGGGGGCACGCCAUCAUCGUCAUCUCCUGGGUGUGCUUCAUGGGGAGCCUCAGUUACGUGAAGGUGAUGACCGGGGUGAUCCUGCGGAGCCAGAGCCACAGCGCCCUCGUGUGGUAUGGGGCGGUAGAGCAGCUGGGGUCUCUGACCGGGGCCCUCAUCAUGUUCCCCCUGGUGAAUGUCUAUAGCUUCUUCAGAUCUGCUGACUAUUGCAACCUGCAGUGUCCAGCGUGA